AUGAAACUUAGUGUGGGAAUAUUUUUUGGAGGCUUCUUUGCAGCUCUGGGGGUUUUGCUUUUUUUAGUGGCAUUUGGAACUGAUUAUUGGCUUCUUGCUACAGAAAUAGGAAGAUGCUCAAAAGCACCUGAAGAUACUGUGGUAGAGAAGGCCACCUUCCAUCAUGAAGGUUUCUUCUGGAGGUGCUGGUUUAGUGGAAAUGUAGGAGAGAAUAAUGCCAGCAUGUGGAAUUUCUGGUACACUAACCAGUCACCUUCUAAGUAUUGUACACAUGCUUACCUGUCUCCAUUUCCUCUUAUUCGAGAUGAGCACAACUCAACCUCCUAUGACUCUGCAAUCAUUUAUCGAGGUUUCUGGACAGUUCUUAUGCUCCUGGGAGUGCUCACUAUUGUGAUGGCUAGUUUCUUCAUCAUCUGUGCAGCUCCUUUUGCCAGCCACAUUCUGUACAAAGCAGGAGGAGGCUUUUUCAUCAUUGCUGGUGGUAUACUGUUUGCUCAGUCAAUUAAAGAAUAG